CCAUUAAAUGAGUACUAAAUAAAAUAACUAGUAUUGUUUUUUUCACUUAUCUCCGUCACAUGAGCUAAGAGAAAUCAGAGACCAAAAGUUCAACGAGAAAUUCUCACUAGAUCUCUUAGUAACCAUGGAACCUGAGAUGGUGCGACUACCCAUUCAUGAGCACUGGCUGACACCUGCAAGAGAUAAUCGGUGGGGUAAAUGUUGUGGACUCCAAUUCAAAACUAUCAGUGAUGGCUACAACUGCAGAAAAUGUCGUUAUUUCUUCCAUAAGAGUUGCAGCAACUGCCCUAAAGAGAUCAACCACCCUUCUCACAAGUGUGAUAAGAAUCUUUCUCUUAUUACAAAUUUUGCCAGCUGGAGUGUGAGAUGCCGUACAUGUAAAGAGACAAUCCAGCCCUAUAUCCAGAACUAUGAAUGUCAGCGCUGUGAAUUCAACAUCCAUUUGGAUUGUUUCAAGUACCCACCACCGAAAGUCAUUGAUUUUCCCCAGAACCAUGACCACAAACUCAAGCUAGAGAUGGUGAGAAGCUCCUUCACCUGCUUUACUUGUGGGAAGGGAGGCAGUGGAUAUCCUUACAAAUGCCAUGAAUGCGAUUUGGCAUUCCAUGUGGAUUGCGAAAAGUAUGGAGCAGAGGUAAACCACCCUUCCCACUCCUUACACACACUAAAACUCAUCACUGGUAAACCACCGGCUUAUACUGAUGGGAAUUGUAGUUUAUGUGGGAAAAAGAUUUUUGACGAAAUGUUUUAUCACUGUUCCGCUUGUAACUUUACUUUGGAUUUGCGAUGUGUUUCUCUUCCACCACCACUAAAUCUUCACGACCAAAACACCCACAACCAUGAACUAACCCUUAUGCCAAAAUUGAUCUCUUUUACUUGCACCACUUGCGGCCUCCAUGGAGAUCGAAGCCCAUAUGUCUGUCUUCAAUGCAAUUUCACUUCCCAUAACAAUUGCUCUGGAUUUCCAUGGGUCAUCAAUAUCAACCGCCAUGAUCAUCGCGUUUCUCGCACUUCUCUUCUUGGUAUUAUUGAUUCAGUAUGUGGUGUUUGUCGUAAGAAAAUGGAUUGGAGUUGUGGGGGAUAUUCUUGUAAGAGGUGUUCUGAGUCUACAUUUCAUACCAAAUGCGCUACUAGAGAAGAUGUUUGGGAUGGAAUAGAGAUGAAAGAUGAGCCUGAAGAAGAUGAACCUAUGGAACCAUUCGAGGUGAUUAGUGAAGGUAUAAUACGACAUUUCAGCCAUAUAGAGCAUAACUUAAGACUGGACAAGUCUGGUACCUUUGUUGAGGAGAGAAGUUGCAAGGCAUGUGCUUAUCCUAUCUAUCAUGAUCCCUUCUACAGUUGUAUGAGUUGUGAUUUUCUUCUACACGAGAACUGUGCUAAACAUCCUACACGAAAACGUCAUGUGCUAAGCAAUAAACCGUAUAUUCUACAUGCAUCUCAACGUAACUACUCUAAGUGUAAGGCUUGUGGAGUAUUUUUUAAUUGUUUCAUAUACGGUACUUUUCCGUUUGGAUUAGAUGUGCGAUGUGCCUCCUUUUCUGGGUCACUUGUCCAUCCAAGUCACCAACAUCCCUUGUUUUACACAUCACCAAAAGGAGUAUGUAGUGCUUGCAACAAGGAAACAUCUCACGUGCUCAGAUGCGUUGAAGAUAAGUGUGGAUACGCCUUGGAUUUCAAAUGCGCUCUAUUACCACAUGAGGUCAAGCAUAGAGUCGACGAUCAUUUUCUCUCUUUAUGCUAUGGUGAAAGAGAUGCAAGUGGUAAAUAUUGGUGUGAUAUUUGCGAGAAAGAAACUGAUCCAACAAAAUGGUUUUACACUUGUAAAGAUUGUGGGGUAACUUUGCAUACCAAUUGUGUGCUCGGAGAUUUCCGAGGCCUGGAACCGGAAACAAAUAUAGUAUUGGAUGAUGACCGGAUGCAGAUGACACUUUACGAGACCGUUCGCAACAAUAGUAUGUCUCGACCAGUUUGUUAUAAAUGUAAGUACCAUUGCAUUUUCCCUAUCAUCUUGAAAGUCACCGACGAAGAUAAAUACUUUUGCUCUAUCAGUUGCUGUGACAUUAAAACCCUUCCCUUCUACAACUAAAAUUGAUCUUGGUGUUGUUUUUGUUUCCACGUUUGUAAUUUUGUUACGUAUACUUGGAUCGGAUCCGCACUACAUCGCGGGAGAAAAUUUAUUUUAUGAAUUAGUGUGAUUUAGAUUUGUAAGUGUGUUUGUAUUAUCCAUAUUGUUGAUUUUUCCAGAAUAAUAUAAGCAGAGAUAUCACGG